GCAGGUGCUCGGACCAUUCAUCGCGUGUCUUUUCCUUCCUGGACUGGCGACUACGCCACUGACCGCACCUUCAUAUUUACCAAUCCAUCUCAGCGUGGAUGUAUCAGGCGCUCGUCAACGAGCCACUGCCAUCGCUUCACCCGUCUUUGGAACGACACACUCGUCCUUGGAUUAUCUGCCCCUCGCCACAGAAUGGGAAGCCCCAUCGCAUCCAACAUCACUACUAGGGCCAGCUAUAAAACAGGAGCAGCCACCAGUGGCACUUUGUGGGCUUGGCGGCUUUGCCACUGCGCAGGCCACUAAUCCGUUCGUCUUCGUAAUGCAGGUUGGUGAACGUUUCAGCCUCUUUGCCAAAAAGUCUAACAACUACUUCUUAGUACAGCUGCCAAGCCCACAGUGCCUUAACGCUGUUCUUGCUGAUUGUUUUCAUGUCGUUUUUUCGCUGUUACUCCUACUUUCCGGUGAUAUAGAAACUAACCCCGGUCCGGAUACUGCAGCUAUCCUCGCAGAGCUAAAGAAGAUAUCUACUGGCCAGUCCAAGCUUAUUUCUGAAGUUCAAGAUCUAAAAUCUCAGUUAUUAGCGACAGACAGAAAUGUAUCUGACCUAGGCAAACGUAUGACCGAACUUGAGAGCCAUUACGAAAGCCUUGUAACACUUAAAACAGACACAGAAGUUCUCCGCGCCGACGCAACUAAAGCUACUCGCUUAAUUUCAAAACUAGAGGCACGUUUUGACGAUGCGGAAAACCGAACGCGACGGAACAACUUGGUUUUCUACGGACUCCCUGAAACUACUCCUGAAUCGUACGCACAAUCAGAACAACUUAUCAUUAAACAUUGCCGCGAGCAUUUAGAUGUACACAUCGACACAAAAGAGAUAGAGCGCGCCCAUCGUCUCGGACGUCAUUCGAACGACAAACCCCGUCCAAUAAUAACAAAAUUCACAUUUUUCAAAACAAAAGAAACUGUCCUGUCGAGCGCCCGGAAACUAAAAGGUACCAAUUAUAGUAUUGGCGAAGAUUUUUCUCGUGCAGUUCGAAUUGCUCGCAGCCAGCUCGUUGCAUUUGCCAGAAAGCAAUCUGCCCCAUUUAAUCUGCGCUACAAAACCCUGCACAUCGGACAGAAGCGCUACGUGUUUGAUAGCGUAUCUGAAACUGUAAGAGAAGUGUUAUAGCAAUCGUCCGCCCGGAAAAAUGUGAUUACCCGCCCCCAAACCAUGCCAAGAAAUAAUAUUUCAUUGUCUGUCAUAUUC